AUGCACCAGACACUGCCAGGGCCUGAGGAUUUACAGAUGACAGUUCCUGCCUUUGAGAGCUUACCGUGGAAGGAUGGAGGGAAGAUUGGAAACCUGGAAAAUUACUACCAUUUUUAUCAUAGCAAAACCUUUAAAAGAUCAACUUUGAGCAGCAGAGGCCCUCAUACCUUCCUCAGGAUGGACCCCCAGGUGAAAUGGCUCCAACAACAAGAAGUUAAACGCAGGGUGAAGAGGCAGGUGCGAGGUGACCCUCAGGCCCUCUAUUUCAACGACCCCAUUUGGUCCAACAUGUGGUACAUGCACUGUGGCGACAAGAACAGCCGCUGCCGGUCAGAAAUGAACGUCCAGGCAGCGUGGAAGAAGGGCUACACGGGCAAAAAUGUGGUGGUCACCAUCCUUGAUGAUGGCAUAGAGAGGAAUCACCCCGACCUGGCCCCGAAUUAUGAUUCCUACGCCAGCUAUGAUGUCAACGGAAAUGAUUAUGACCCAUCCCCACGAUAUGAUGCCAGCAAUGAAAAUAAACACGGCACCCGGUGCGCAGGAGAGGUCGCUGCUUCAGCCAACAACUCAUACUGCAUCGUGGGCAUAGCAUACAAUGCGAAAAUAGGAGGCAUCCGCAUGCUGGACGGCGACGUGACGGAUGUGGUUGAGGCCAAGUCUCUGGGCAUCAGACCCAACUACAUAGACAUUUACAGCGCGAGCUGGGGGCCGGACGACGACGGGAAGACCGUGGACGGGCCUGGCCGCCUGGCUAAACAAGCCUUCGAGUAUGGCAUUAAAAAGGGUCGGCAGGGCCUGGGCUCCAUUUUCGUCUGGGCAUCUGGGAAUGGCGGGAGAGAGGGGGACCACUGUUCCUGUGAUGGCUACACCAACAGCAUCUACACCAUCUCCGUGAGCAGCACUACCGAGAACGGCUACAAGCCGUGGUACCUGGAAGAGUGUGCGUCCACCCUGGCCACCACCUACAGCAGCGGGGCAUUCUACGAGCGGAAAAUUGUCACCACGGAUCUGCGCCAGCGCUGUACCGACGGCCACACUGGGACCUCGGUUUCAGCCCCCAUGGUGGCGGGCAUCAUCGCCUUGGCUUUAGAAGCAAACAGCCAGUUAACCUGGAGGGACGUCCAGCACCUGCUGGUGAAGACAUCCAGGCCGGCGCACCUGAAAGCAAAUGAUUGGAAAGUCAACGGUGCUGGUCAUAAAGUUAGCCAUCUCUAUGGAUUUGGCUUGGUGGACGCGGAAGCCCUCGUCACGGAGGCGAAGAAGUGGACGGCGGUGCCCUCCCAGCACAUGUGUGUCGCCACCACAGACAAGAGGCCCAGGAGCAUCCCUGUGGUGCAGACGCUUCGGACCACCGCCCUGACCACUGCCUGUGCGGACCACUCAGACCAGCGUGUGGGUUACCUGGAGCAUGUGGUGGCUCGCAUCUCUAUUUCCCACCCACGCAGGGGAGACCUCCAGAUCCACCUCAUUUCUCCCUCAGGAACCAAGUCUCAACUCUUGGCAAAGAGAUUGCUGGAUCAUUCCAAUGAAGGGUUUACAAACUGGGAAUUCAUGACCGUGCACUGCUGGGGAGAAAAGGCCGAGGGGGAAUGGACCUUGGAAAUCCAAGACAUGCCGUCCCAGGUCCGCAACCCCGAGAAGCAAGGGAAAUUGAAAGAAUGGAGCCUCAUCUUGUACGGCACAGCGGAGCACCCAUACAACACUUUCAUUUCCCAUCAGUCUCGCUCUCGGAUGCUGGAGCUUUCGACCCCGGAGCUGGAGCCACCCAAGGCCGCUCUGUCACCGCCCCAGGCCGAGGUUCCUGAGGACGAAGAAGACUACACAGCUCCUUCCACCCACGGCUCUCCUAAUAUCUUACAGACCAGUGUGUGCCAUCCGGAGUGUGGUGACAAAGGCUGUGAUGGCCCCAAUGCAGACCAGUGCUUGAACUGUGUCCACUUCAGCCUGGGGAGUGCCAAGACCAGCAGGAAAUGCGUGAACACGUGCCCUCCAGGCUACUUUGGGGACACAGCAGCGAGACGCUGUCGCCGGUGCUACAAGGGGUGUGAGACCUGCUCGGGCAGGAGCCCAACCCAGUGCCUGUCCUGCCGCCGUGGGUUCUAUCACCAUCAGGAGAUGAACACCUGUGUGACAUUCUGUCCUGCCGGAUUUUAUGCCGAUGAAAGUCAGAAAAAUUGCCUUAAAUGCCACCCAAGCUGUAGGAAGUGUGUUGAUGAACCAGAGAAAUGUACUGUCUGUAAAGAAGGAUUCAGUCCAGACACCCAGAGUCUUGGCACAGAGGCUUGUGACCCCUUGGGGUUGCCCAACAGCUGGCCCAGCAGAGAAGAAUGUAUUCACUGUGCAGCAAACUUCCACUUCCAAGACUGGAAAUGUGUGCCAGCCUGUGGUGAAGGUUUCUACCCAGAGGAGAUGCCAGGCUUGCCCCACAAAGUGUGCCGAAGGUGUGACGAGAGCUGCCUGAGCUGUGAAGGCUCCAGCAGGAACUGUAGCAGGUGUAAGACAGGCUUCACGCUGCUGGGGACCACGUGCAUCACCAACCAUACGUGCAGCAACGCUGACGAGAUGUUCUGCGAGAUGGUGAAGUCCAACCGGCUCUGUGAACGGAAGCUGUUCAUUCAGUUCUGCUGCCGCACGUGCCUCCUGGCUGGGUAG